AUAUCCUCAGCAGAAAAAACUCGAAGGGAGAGGGAUUAGCUAGCUCGCUAGCGUCUGAAUUCCCUAUAAAUGACAGAAGUCGCCUGACAUCACAUUCAUCAAGCCUCGAAGAAGUCAAAGUGUCAAUCUGCCUGUUGCCAUGGCAAUCCUCUUUGCGGUGGUGGCCCGCGGGACCACGAUCCUGGCCAAGCACGCAUGGUGCGGUGGGAACUUCCUCGAAGUCACGGAACAGAUAUUGGCCAAGAUCCCCUCUGAAAACAACAAGCUUACAUACAGCCAUGGCAGCUAUCUCUUUCAUUACAUCUGUCAUGACCGAAUCAUAUACCUGUGCAUCACGGACGAUGACUUUGAGAGGUCCCGUGCCUUCAGCUUUCUCAGUGAGGUGAAGAAGCGCUUCCAGACGACCUACGGCUCACGGGCCCAGACGGCCCUGCCAUACGCAAUGAACAGUGAAUUUUCAUCCACUCUGGCUGCUCAGAUGAAACACCAUUCAGAUCCACGGGGGUCAGACCGCCUCACUGAUACUCAGAUGCAGGUGGAUGACUUGAAAGGCAUCAUGGUUCGGGACAUAGGUAAACUUCCUUGCAGAAUUUCUUAUCUCUCUCAUGGUUUUGCCUUGGGCUUUUUAUGAUCAGAUUCAUUGAUAUUGUGCCCCACAAAUUUCUGUCUGAAGUAGUCAUUUGUUCUCUUGUUCAGCAUACUUUCAUUCUCUUCUCAAAUUUGUGAUCUCAGUCAUUACAGCCCCAUAAUCAUCUUCAAAGGGCUUCCCCGUUUUUUGUAGUAUGCAUCUCUGUUGCCUCUCUGCACACCAAUGGAAGGUUGUGGUUGAUUCUAGUGAUUUCUUACCUUGCAAUGAUUUUUUCCCUGUUUUAGCUAGGUUGCUUAGCUUACACACCUCACCUACAUUUUCUCUCCUCUUUCCCACUGCACCUAUCAAGUUCACUUCCUUUAAUCAUCACGGCAAUUAUAUCAAAUCAAUCCAAUCGGUACAGCGUGUCCACCAAUGUUUUUGAAUGGAAUUGUAAGCAAACAGGUAUUAGA